AUGCGGUUGUUUGCAGUGUCGGCGGUGGCGGGGCUGAUGAAUGGGAUCAUCCAGGGGAUCGAGAGGCAGUUGCGCAUGGCGGAGGAUAGCGGGGUUAUCAACCCGAACCAAGGCAAGGAUGUGCAGAUCCUCGCGCUGGAGACCAAGGGGGCAGAGUCCCUUGCCAAGGCCGUUGAGAGGGGGGAGCUCGUUUCGCUCAAGGGCGUUUCGUCCAUGGCUACGUCGUUGGCUGCUCUACGGGUUGCGGAGAGGACGUUGCAGAAUGUCCUGAACCCGCCGGCCGGUGUCAAGGUGCACAAUCGCGUCAUGGAUGAUGCCGAGGCGGCGAAGGGGGUGUUGAGGCUUGUCGAUGAGCACCGGUUGCUGGUUGAAUUGGCUUGCGGGGUGUGCGUGGAGGCUGUGGUGGCCGGUGGGCAGACCCAGGGCUUGACAGCUCAUGCCAACACGGGACAGGUCGCUGAUGAGCCGGUGGAAUGGUCGUCGAAGCUGGCGCAGAUCAUUCCAGGAUUCGGGCCGCAGAGUCGUGUGGUUGUGAUUGUUUGUGGAGGCAGCAAUAUUUCUCUCGAGACGGCCGUAGAAUACAGGGAGCGACUUAAUAAUGAAUGGGGGACCGGCAAUGAGUGA